AUCGUCAUUUGAUCAACAUUUUGUGAUGGAUUGAAUUGCGGCAUUGGUACAAAACAUUGCGACAUUUCAGAUAUCCCCUAGCAAAUUGUUUCAGAAUUUUCUUUUCUGGGUUUUGCGCACUGUGAAGCAGUUGUUACUUUAAGCUCCGACUUAUUAAAGGCAGUAAAAUUCUUUCUUUUGUUCUGUGUGCCACGCUUAAGUAAAAAAGAUAACAUACUGAAUUACCCCUUUGAGACGAUACCCUGUUAGCUGUUUCAGAAGGAGAGACAAGAAAUGGAUUCAGUUUCUUAUUUCUUUCAUUCAACAGUCAGUUUUCUACUCAUAGGAAAAACAAAAUAACAUGGAAGAAGAGCCUGUCGGUCAAGGUAAAGAGUUGGUGGAUGCAUUCGUGACUUUGGAGGAUGAAGGUGAAGAGUGCUGUGUUGUGGAGGAUGUUGAAGUUCCUAUGGUUCUGGAUGAUGCAAAGAAAGAAGAUUCCAUAAACAUCGAAUUAUCUAAAUGUCUCGUUGGUGGGAUUAUAGAACCAACUCUGGAUAUGGAGUUUGCUUCUGAAGAGGAUGCUAGAAACUUCUACAAUGCAUAUGCUAAGCAGAUGGGCUUUAGCAUUCGUGUGAAUUCAUACUAUCGUUCAAAGAAAGACAAUUCUAUUAUAUCUCGAGAAUUUUGUUGUUCUAAAGAAGGUUAUCGCCGUGAGAAACGUGUGAGAAAAAUAGAUUCUAGUGAUGACACGAAAAAGAGGAGGGCCCGACCAAUCACAAGGGAGGGUUGCAAGGCACUGAUGACUGUGAGGAGACGAGACAGUGGAAAAUGGUAUGUAGCAAAAUUGGAGAAAAACCAUAAUCAUGAAUUGGUUACUCCAGCAAUGCGGCAUUUCCUUCGAUCUCAUCGGCAGGAUUAUGAUCCAAAGAAAAGUUUGAUUGAUACUCUAGGAUCUCCCUUGAUGGGUAGUAGCAGUACUCUUAAUGUCUUUUCUGAAGAUUGUGGUGGGUUUAGUAAGAUGGGAUUUGCUGCACCCGAUCAUAAUAAUUAUAUUGGAAAGGGACGGCUUAGCACCUUUGGGAUGGAUGCUCAAAGUUUACUUGGUUUUUUCAAGAUUAUGCAAAUGAAUGAUCCUGCCUUCUUUUAUGCUAUACAGGUUGAUGAAGAAGAUCGUCUAAGCAGUGUCUUUUGGGUUGAUACAAGAUCAAGGAUUGCCUAUAACUGCUUUUCUGAUGUGGUUGCCUUUGACACAACUUAUCAAGUGAAUCAGUAUAAAAUGCCAUUUGCUCCAUUCACUGGGGUAAAUCAUCACAAACAAUCAGUAUUGUUUGGUUGUGCAUUGCUUGCAGAUGAAACGGAAUCCACAUUUGUUUGGCUUUUCAAAACCUGGCUUGAAGCAAUGUCUGGACGCCAACCAGACUUGAUAAUAACUGAUCAUGAUUUGGCUAUAAAGAAUGCUGUUGCAAGAGUCUUCCCAGAGUCGUGCCACAGAUAUUGCAAAUGGCACAUCCUAAGCAAAAUGCCAAAGGAAUUGGGGCAUAUAUAUAGUACACUUCCAAAGACAUUCCAAUUGGAAUUUGAGAAGUGCAUCAACAAAAGUGAGAUGACUGAAGAGUUUGAAUUAGCUUGGGAUUCACUGCUUGAUAAGUAUAAUCUUAGGGGAAAUGAGUGGCUUCAGUCAUUAUAUUUUGAUCGCAAAGAGUGGGUCCCAACUUAUUUGCGAAAUGCAUUCUUUGCAGGGAUGUCUGCAAGUCAACGGAGUGGAAAUGUAAACUCACUUUUUGAUGGAUAUGUAAAUGCAAGAACUACUUUACAAGAUUUUGCAGAACAGUAUGAGAAGGCAUUGGAUGAUCGGUUUGAAAAGGAAGCAAGGGCAGAAUUUGACACCUUCUACACUAAACCUGUUUUAAAGACUCCACUGCCUAUAGAAAAACAAGCAGCAGAAAUUUAUACAAGAAAAAUAUUCUCAAUAUUCCAGGAAGAAAUUUUUGAAUCUCUUGUCCUUGCUGUGAAAAAAAGUGGGGAGGAUGGUGAAACCAGCAUAUAUGGGGUAGCAAGAUUUGAUGAAGAACAUAAGAUAUAUUCCGUUGCAUUCAAUGUCUCUGAUCAAAGAGCUAGUUGUAGUUGCAAGAUGUUUGAGUCUGAAGGCAUCAUCUGUAGACAUGUACUUGCAGUGUUCAAAGCAACAAAUGUGUUUAUGCUUCCAGCACAUUAUAUCCUGAAGCGAUGGACAAGAAGUGCCAAAGAUGAGGUUGGAUUGGGUAUGUUGCCUUCUGUUGAGAUGCAAGCUCACUCUCAAAAGGCCAAGAACUUGCAAUACAGUAUUUUAUAUCAAGAGGCCAUUAAAUGUGCAGAGGAAGGAGUUGCAUCUGACCAUAGUUUUAGGGUAGCAUUGAGUGCUUUACAGGAGGCUAGGUAUAAAAUUCUUGAUGCAAAGAAAAAUGCUGCUAAUGCCUCCAAAAUUGAAACCAUGGACACAGCAAGUUACCAGGAAGGGAACAACACAACUGGGAGUCAGGUACAUGGUUCAAUCCAAAUAACUGCAAUAGAUACUGAGAAGAUUAGGAAUGAAUCUCGUACCAGUAAUAACAGACCCAAAUCUGUAUUAGAGCAGUCAGCAAGCAGAAUUAGUACAUGCACCAAAUGUGAGUGUCCUGGGCAUGACAGUCAUACUUGUUUGUGGUUAAAGGAUCCAGGGACAAAUACUAUUCUGGGUCAGCAAAAUCGAAACUUGGUGUCCAUGGUCAGUCCAUGUGGAGCACAAGACAAUGUUCCUCAAAGUUAAAGAUUCCAUAUGACUUUUUCAACAAUGAAAUUCAUUUUACACCUGCAAAUAUUGUACAGAAUUAUGAGCAAUCUUCAGCAAUGCAGCUGUUUAAAAGGGGAAGAAUUAUUCCUAUUUCAGGGGUCAAUAGUGCAGAGAUAUUGAUAAUUGGAAAAUGGAGAAGCUGCUUUAGUUUUGUCCUUGAGGUUCUUCUUGGGCAGCACCUUUUGCUAAUAACAGGGCCACUAAUCAAUUACGAGUUUCUUUGUCAGAUCUUUCCUUCUCCUCCUCCUCCUCCUCUCUUGGAUGAGUAGUCUCAUUUGUAAGCAUUUCUGGUUUUGGGCCAUAUAGACCAUAGUGAUUAACUGAUCUUCCUAGUGAUUAGGGGCCUAACUCUUGCGUCAGGAGUUUAUUCAAGAGUAGAAGUAACAACCCUUGAUCGAAAUUUGUCAAAUGGCAUAAAACCUUUUUUUUUUUUUUCUUGGGUCAAGGACAAGAGUGUCAGUUGGUAUUGAGUCAGUAAUUAAGGUAUGGACCCAUUAAGGAUCUGAGAAAUAAUGAGAUAGGUGUUUUCAGGAAACAGUUCCUGUCUGGUUUCACAAGAGGUACCUGAUAAAUUAAUAAAUUAUGAUAGUUUUAGAGUUUAA